CAGAAAAAAGGUCACUUGUGCUACAUCCACUAACCUAAGAACAUGGGGGGAAACUUUUGGUUGGAAAAUAGGUCACUUGGGCUACCUCCAGUAACCUAAGUCAUCCGACCGCCACCACUUCCUUGGAAUUGAUGGGAAAAGGACUCAGCCUGUGCUGGAUAGGAUGGACUUAAAUCUUUAUUUCCAAUGUUUAUUUAAACAGUUUGAGGAAAUAUUUCCAUCCACUGUGUUCACCAUGAGGUCCGGAGUCCAUCUGACCUGUUACACAGUACUGCCACCAGAGGGAGCUAUCGUCCCAUGGCGGUCUGGGGGAAAAAUAGUGGGAAAAAGAAUCAGCCUGUCCUGGGCUGCCAGAGAGAGGAAGAAUGAGGAGGGAGUCGUGUCUGUUUCAGGUAUGCAGUUAGAAUUCUUCGAGUGUUGCACUGACACCACAAGUCUAUGUAAAUAAGAGCCAAGUCCCCCUCUGGACACACAUGUGUUUUCCAUUGCUGGCGUGAUAUCUUUGUACCUGUGGUCCAGCGCCAAGAUAGAUGUUUGCAUAGCAGCUCACCCUUGCAGACACAGCUUAAAGGUUCUCAUUGUUAUACUGAUGUCACAUGUCUUUGUAAAUAAGAGCCAAGUUCCCCCAGUGGACAUGCUGUAGAAAUCUGUUCAAUGUUUCCCAGAACAGCACAGGGUGCAUUCUCCCUAGCGAUCCUAAUGGGACAUGCGAGACGCCUCCGGCAUCAAGUGAGAGACGUUUGCGUAGCGACUCACCUGUGCAGGUGCAGCUAAAAGGUCCUCAAUGUUAUACUGAUGUCACAUAUCUACGUAAAUAAGAGACAGGUCUACCUCUAGGAAAUAGUAAAGCGCCACAGAAAUAGUUAAUGGUCGCUUUUGUAGGAGAUUUUGUGAUGUCUCGGCUUGUCUGCAUGAAAAUUCUGGUCCUAACAGGACCUGUUCACGAAAAUAGCCCAGAAUAACACAGAGUGCAUUCUUCUUGGUGAUCCUAACAGGACACCGAUUGCAUUCUUCCUGAUGGUCGAAGGGGAUCAUGUGUUACUCUUCCCGGAAAUCGUAGUGUCCUGCUUUCAACAUAACUCUCAGAAAUGGUAAAUUUCUCACCGCUAAAAGCCUUCAUCAUGUAUGUGCAUGCUUGCGAAAACACCAUUAAUCAUAAAAGCAUUCUUGUUAUUUUGGGAGAGAGACGAUGGUCCCAUCAAGCCCUUCCAGAAAUAGUGACGUUCCAUAAAAGCUUCUCAUUGGCUGUACAUUCAAAUGAAGCUCUCUCUCGUUGGUCACGUCGGUCUAUAUAUAACCCCUACAACCAACCUCCAUUGUUCUCAGCCCACUGCUAGCUGCCUCAUUGUGCGUUCCAUCAUCUCUGUGUGUACUUGUUUUCUCUUCCCAAGGUGAAGAGAGGUAGCUGCAGCAAUGCUUCAGAGUGUAGCGACAAGAGGUGUAGAGUUCUGGAGACAGGAUUACCAAUGCCAACUCCAGGAUUUUAUUUUGGAGUGUGAGGAGAGACAGGAGGGGGCUCAACCAUGGCAGACUCUUGAACUCCAGCCUCCUGUAGUGGAUUCACAUCCAGAAUUGCCAUGCGAGACAGACCAACUGCCAGAUGUUGAUUCUGAUGGGGAUGAUGACAUGCCUGAAUGGGUCAGAGAAAGGGCUACUGAACCAGAGGAGGAAAGGCACUUUGAUCUGGCCCUAUUAGAUAAUGAUGAUGAUGGUGACUUCUUUGAGGGUGUGUUGGAGUCGCCCAAUGAAGUGUUAAUGCCUUGGAGUCAGAGUGAAAAAGCAGCCGUGUCUCCGUAGCCGGAACACAGUGAGGUGCGCAUACCAGUGGUGGCUAAACCUUCUUUCAAAGUGACACGCGGUAAGGCACGCAUCGCCUAUAAGGGCUCUGCUAGUCGCUGCUGCCCCCACCAUCGCUGCCCCGGCAUCGCCGCUCUCACGACCGUGGGCCAAGCAACAAACCAGCACACCUCAAGUUACUGGGUCGGGUCUACAGCAGCAGCAACAGUAUUGGGAACCAUCACGUCAACCUGGCUGUUCCAUCAAAUUGACCUGGUACCACAGCAGUAUCCUCCACCAUCAUCAUCAUCAUUGUAUCAGCCUUGUCAGAAUCGGCAUAAACACAAGAUGUGUGUGCCUUGGCGCAUACUGACUUACUCCUCCCCAACACCACCAUCAACAGAGGGGACUCAGAAUAGCAUUAAUGGUAAUAGAAACAUCCUGUGGCUAGUGGCAGUUCUCUCUCCCACCCUUUUAGUGAAGGACAUGAGGUCAGCGAUACCAUACCGCAGUUAGAAUACUCGGUAACUGCAGACGCCUUUAAAGAGCGAAUCUCGAUCAUGAGAAUCAAGAACCUGGCAGUAGGGUACAUCAGCCCUGUUGGUUUUUUAAGGGCAUGCCUUCCUGUCGUGGAAAUGGAGCUUCUCAAAGUAGUCAAUGAUCUGCGGUAUAACAGUUUUGGCUAAACCUUCUUCCUCACGAAAGCAGCGCCCGGUAAGGAACGCAUCACCUAUAAGGGCGCUGCUAGUAGGUGCCGCCACCGCCAUCACUGCCCCAACAUCGCCGCUUUCGCGCCCAUGGGCCGAGCAAUGAACCACCACCCUUCAGGUUACUGGGUUGGGUCUACAGCAGCAGCAGCAGCAACAGCAUUGGGAACCAUCACCUCAGCCUGGCUGUUCCCAUCAAAUUGACCCAGUACCACCGCAGUAUCCACCACAACCAUCAUCGUCAUCGUAUCAGCCUUGUCAGAAUCGGAAUAAACACAAGAUGUGUGUGCCUUGGCGCAUACUGACUUACUCCUCCCCAGCACCACCAUCAAUGGGGUGGACUCAGAAUAGCAUUAAUUGUAAUAGAGAACAUCCUGUGGCUAGUGGCAGUUCUCUCUUCCACCUUUUUAGUGAAGGACAUUAGGUCAGUGAUACCAUAGCACAGUUAGAAUACUCGGUAACUACAGACACCUUUAGGGAGUGAAUCUCAUUCAUGAGGAUCAAGAACCUGGCAGUAGGGUACAUGAACCCUGUUGGUUUUUUAAGGGCAUGCCUUCCUGUCGUGGAAAUGGAGCUUCUCAAAGUAGUCAAUAAUCUGCGGUAUCCCACCAUUAAAUGCAGUGUGGUGUUCUGCAUCGAAUUAUCGCACACCCCAAAAGUUGAUUCUGCUGUUGAAGAGACAACUCUUCAUUAUCUUUGGGGGGGGAAUGGUGUGAUAAUGUGGAGCACGUCAAUCACCAAGUGGUUUCGUAAAUCCACCUUGAGCUCUAUGCUGGCCCGGUUUUCCAAGGUAGAAGUCAGAGGGUUAGCUAAAGCACUCAGCUGAUUGUUAUACCUGGACAUACAUCCCAUGGAGGGUCAAGCUAUAUCAAGCUUCCUAAAGAUAUAGCUAACAAGAGGGCAUGCAUUAAUGUCAAAAAUAGAAGCGAUUAGGCUUGUUCUGCAUGGUCAAUUCUGGCUUGCGAAAGAAAGUACAAUUGUAGGGAUCAUCCUGAGCGUCCCAGUACAUACCAUGUAGGUGAUAGUAUUCGUGGGUGUUAUAACUUUGAUGGUAUCGAUUUCUCCGUCAAGUUCAAGGAAUUCCUAAAUUUGAGGCACAGAAUACUGGAACAUCGGUUCAUGUUUAUGGCCUGGAAAAGAAAAGCAAGUCAAAUGAGCAAGACAAGCACAUUGUUGUCAGACCCCUCAAUUUCUCAAAAUUUGCUGGUGAGUGUGAGUUACAUGUAAACGUGCUGCUGUUCUUUGAAGGUCAUAAUUACCACUAUGUUUGGAUCAAAGACAUGUCCCAACUCCUUUCCAUCCAACUGAGUAAUCAUAAUGGUAAGCAGCAUAUUUGCUUAAGGUGCCUCAAUGCCUUUUCCUCAGAUAAGCUAUUAGCGCCGCAUGUAGUAGAUUGCGCUUACAAGGACCCAGUACAUGUUAUUAUGCCUACUGAGGAAAACAAAUUCAUAAAGUUUAAGAAUGCUCACCACCAGGGGCAAUGCCUAUUUGUAGUUUAUGCCAUCCAGUAUUCAGCAACACAUAUUUUCAAUAAGUUACUAUCAACCAUGAAGAGUUUAGUUUCAGACAAGGCGCAAUUUAAUCAUAAUUUAAAAGAAUUUUUGGUGACCAACUCCUUCUAUUCCAUCCACGAGUUUCUCAACAAGUGCAGUAGACCAUUUUAAUGAAAAUUUAUUAUACUUUAAUUUUUGACAAUACUUGGUUGUAACAGCCAAGUAACUACCUACUGUGUGAAUGAUGGAUGUAUGGAAAGCAGAUGUAAGUCUUAAGUCUGUAAAAAGUGGAAGUUUAAUUUUAAAUCUUGUACAUAAUCUGACUGUUCUUAACUGAGUAUCACUGAAAUGAAUAAUUUACUUUAAUUUUUGACAAUACUUGGUUGUAAUAGACAAGAAACUAGCAAAUGUCUGAAUGAUGGAUUUAAUGAAAGCAGAUGUAAGUA